AACAUCCAAAACAUUUAUAUAUGAUAUUUGCAUGAUUUAGUAAAUCUGAAAUAUCAUCAAAACAAACAAUUAAUAAGACAUCAAUAUUCUGUGUAUAACUGGUGGAUUGCAUCUAAAAAAAAUCUUCAAAAAAUAAAACAAAAAACAAUUUCUUGCACACAUAACGUGUGUGGUCAACAAACACGAGUACAUGUACUCUUAAGAGAACUCAGGCUAGUCAGACUUGAUAGCAACUGAACAAUACAUAUGUUUACAUCUAUCAAUUGAUGAUAUCACACCAUUAAUGGAACCUCUGCUCUCAGUCAGGAUGGUAGUUGGCUGGAAUUUACUCUAAUUUGCAUUUUCUUGUUUAAAUUAUUUAUGGUGGUGACUUCUCUCGUCUCUUCAUAUUCCCUUUUACUCCAUAAUUUCGUUUUAAUUAUUUCAAAAUUUAAACAAAAGUAAUUAAACCCUAAAAUAUCAUUAGUUCCCUUUUUUCUGAUUGCUUCUCUCUUUUGGAAACUUCUUUGGUUUUGUAUUCACAAAGCAGACUCUGCAUCAAACGGUAUGUAUGUCUGAUUCUACAUUUUCUCUCAUCCUUUUUAUUCCUUCACUUUUGACAAACGUUUUGAUCUUUUUAGAGUUGUUUUCUUCUCUCUGAUCUUAUAUUUGCUAACGCAGAUUCUCAGCUAUGGAUAAUGACGGUGUAUGCAAACGGUUUAUAUUGGUCGAUGAUGAGUACAAGCUCUUCUUCGAUCAUCGUCUUAGAGGCGACAACACUUUUCUCCCUCCCUUUGAUGAUGACAAAGGAGAGUCUGAAACUCGUAAUCUUGGUUUCGAGUUUUCUAGUGCUGAUUCAAAGCUUGGUGGUGGUGGUGGUACUGAGAAGAAGAAACCACCAAUCAAGAGCAGAGUUUCUCAGAAGAGAAAGAGGGAAACUACAAUCCGAGAAAGCAUUCAACGAGACAACAGAGCUGCUGAACGAAGAAAGAGGAAAACGGCUGAGUUAGAGUCUGGUAGGGUUUCUUCAGGGAACCAAGUUGACGUCCAAGGAGACAACAACAAAGCUAGGAAAAUGUCAGAGUCAACAAAGGUUAAUAACACUUCAAGGGAUGUUCCGUUGGUUAGAGCCAUCAAACGAGACAACACAGCUAGGAAAGUGUCAGAAGAGUCAACAAAGGUUAACACUUUAAGGGAUGUUCCGUUGGUUAGAGCUCAAGACACCAUCCGACGAGACAACAACAUAGCUAAGAAGAUGUCAGAGUCAACAAAGGUUAACACUUUACGCAAUGUUAGAGCCAAAGAAGUCAUCCAACGAGACAACAAAGCUAGGAAAGUGUCAGAGUCAACAACAAAGGUUGACACUUUAAGGGAUUUUCCGCUUGUUAGAGCUCAAGAAACCACCACCCAAAGAGACAUCAAAGCUAAGAAGAUGUCAGAGUCAAAGGAAACAGGGACUUCAAGGGCUGUUACAGAACCUAAGGAUGUAGCCGAGACUGUUCCAGUGACCCAAAGCAACAAAGGAGUACCUGUAGGGUCAAGGAAGAAGAGUGUAGCGGAUAAAGAUUACAUGAGCUACCUCACAUGGCUUGUAGACUCUCUUAAAGAUUCAACAACAGUACCUGGUCCAACUCCUCCAACUCCCACAAUGGCCAGUGAAAAGGAUAUUGAGUCUUGUUCUGAUGAUGAUGAUGAUGAUAUGAUUAUGGUCAGUGAUUCUCCCUUCUCGUGUGGAGGAAGUACACCUUUUGUGGUGUCCAAGAGCAAGACCGUGAUCGAUCUCGAGAAAGAUAUUACAGAAGAGGACGAGGGUAGAAACUGUCAGUUUACGAAAGAGCUGAUGGAUCUUCUGGAGAAACCGUAUGAUAAAAGAGAGUUGCUGAGGCUCUCUGGUGAUGUGUCAGAGAAAAAAGGAGUGAGUAGAUAUAGAGAACUGAGAAAGGGAAGAGUACGCAACUACGAGACUUCUGACUUGGGACCAUCCUAUCUCGAGAAGGUGUCUGAUUUCGAUCAAGAAUACAGGCGUGUGGAUGGUGAUGAUAAGGCGAGACUGAAGCUGCUGCGUGGGUUUUUCUUCUACUUGAAGAAUGUUACUCGUGUUGGUUCUUUCAAGCCUUGGUUACCAGAAAACCAGAAGAAGCUCGGAGGACUAAGAAAGCAAUGCUUGCAACCAUAAGAAGCAAGGGUAGUAAAAAAAUCUUGUGUUAAAUAAGCAGGUUGUUGUAGUUUUUAAUUUAAUGUAUUGUCUUGUUUCUUAUGUUGUUGGAUGACAAUCUGAUUCAGAGUAGUUUCUUGUCUCCCAAGAGUAUGAUAUUAUUGAU